AUGGCGGAGGACGCGGGGAGCGGCUGCCUGGUGUCCUACGAGCUGGACGCCGAGGGCCGCAUGGCCUCCGUCAGCUUCCAGAGCGCCGAGAUGGGCGCGCUGUUCGCUCGCUUCCCCCAGGCCCUGCUGGUGCACCGAGCCUGCGCCCCGAGCGGCCGGGCGCUGUACGUCUUCCUGGCGGACGGGCCGUGGCUGGCGGGGCGCGGGGCCGCGGGCAGGGUGGUGCACCUCGCAGUGCCCCGCGACGAGUCGGCACGCGGCUUGGCUCGCAUGUGCGAGGCCUUCCGGGCGUUCAACCCCGCGUGGUGGCGCACCCGGGUGCUGCUGGUGGGCCCCGACCUCCCCGAGCCCGUGGCGCUGGGCCAAGCCUUCCCCGGGGCCGAGGUGCGCCUCUCAGCUUUCCAUGUGUGCAAGCACCUGCAGGAGCAGAUUCAGCGGCUGGGCCUGGAGCACCGGGCCGAGCAGCUGCUCCUCAACACCCUGCACGGCACCAUGUGCAGGGCCACGGAGAGCAAACGCAAGGAGAUGCACCGCGUCCUGAGUGAGACGGUACCGCCAGACCUGCUGCCACGCUUCCACGCUCACUGGCUGCUCACCAAUAAGAUCUGGGCCACACACGGGGAGAGAGGCUGCAAGAAGAGCUGUGACUAUUUUAUGGAGUUGGAGACCGUCACCCAGGGCAUAAGCCAGGUUUUUAAUGCUGAGCUCUUCUUGGAAACUUGCAUUGCCUCAUUUGCAAAGUACUACCAGAAGUGUGUUUCUGAGACCCCUCCCAGUGAUACUGUGUGCUCCACUGCCUGUCCUGAUCACCGUGCAGCUUCCCAAACCUCACCCACCUCGAAUUCCCCUCUGCAGCCCCUGGCACCAUGUCAGGAUCAGCCAUCCCAGUGCUGUGUCCCGGACUCUCCCAUGGCAAUGGCAGCUCCUCAACUCCCAGUGGCCCUCCGCAGCCAGCCUGCACCUCCCCAGCCUCUCCUCCAGAGCGGGUCUGUGAGCACUUGCUCCUUGUACAUUCCUUCAUCUCCUGCAAUUAAAGAGGAGGCUACAGAAUAUUCUGAGGGGGACAGCGAUGAGGGGGUGAACCAAAAGGCUGAAGAACGUAUCAUGCGAUCUUUGUCUGAUAUUUGCACAGAGUUUGCUGCCAGGCUGUGCCUGAGCGAGCUUGCAGUGGUUCAGAAGUCUGUACAGCUGAUAGGCAGCAGCACAGAUGCUGUCAACGUACAGAUCCUUGAAGAUGCUCACAAAGUGACUCAGGAAGGGCUGUGCCACUGCACAUGCCACUUCAACCAGACGUUCCAGUUGCCCUGCCGGCACAUCCAGGCUGUGCUGAACUUGGAGAGAAAGACCUUGCAGCCUGAGAUGCUGGGGAAGCAGUGGCAGAAGGGACGUGACAUCAUCAUCGAGAGCGCGCGAGGCAGUGCUGACCACCUCCUGGAGGACCUGGAGAGCCCUUGGGAUGAGUCUCGGGACAAAUUCCUGGCUGUGUCCUUGCUCACAGAAGAGGUCAGCCAGCUCCUCACCUGUUGUAGCACAGAGGAGUUUGAGCUCCGGUGCAGCACGCUGCGAGCGCUGGCUGACAGCUGGAUCGGGCCCUACAUGCAGGUGAAACUCUAGUAUGGGACAGUGAGCCAGCCUCACGCCUGGCACUGCUCGCAGCUCUGCCACAUCCCUCCUGCUUUCAUUGCUCCUUUAUUCAGACUGCACCCCACGGGAGUUAGGGGCUGGCUGGGCCGCUUCGUGAGUGAGCAUCCACUCCUGCAUGGGGGAGCUGUGGAGCUGGUUUACAAAUUCCUGACUGGACUGUGAUGGGUAACAAGCUGCUGACCUAACAAGCAGGAAAUGCAUGGGGUGAUCUGAGGGUGGCGUGGGGUAGGAAGUGAUAGUUUAAUAAUGUGAUAAAAUUAUUUGAUCUUUGGCCAGCACCUUCAGGUCCUUCCAGCAUCCGGCUGUGAGGGUAUUGUGCAACAAAGCCAAUAAAUGCUCCUUUGUCACUUUGGA